UGACGUCACGGCGAGUCUGUCUUACGCCGCUUUUCCUACCGCAUCAUCACAGCAUUUCCAGCUCGGCCAGAGCUCUGUGUCAAUCUGUUGUCAUUGCAGGAUUCAUUAAAUAUCGUGCUUUGCUUGAAACGUUAAGUGUUUUGAGCAUAGUGAACUGAAAGUCAAGUGCAGGUUGUUAGGGAGUCUUGUCAGGACUGUUUGUGUAGUGAGGUAACGCUACCGCCCGAACCGCGGGGACAUGGCCAGGCCAGAGCAGAUCCUGCUUCUCGAGCCUCAACACGAGCUAAAAUUCCGAGGUCCAUUUACAGAUGUGGUGACCACGACCCUAAAGCUUGCUAACCCCACAGAUGGGAAUGUGUGCUUUAAAGUGAAGACAACUGCUCCACGUCGCUACUGUGUGCGUCCGAACAGUGGAGUGAUUGAAGCUGGAACCUCAGUUAAUGUCUCUGUUAUGCUGCAACCGUUUGAUUAUGACCCCAACGAGAAGAGCAAGCACAAGUUUAUGGUGCAGUCUUUAAUGGCCCCACCUGACAUGACGGACAUGGAGGGUUUGUGGAAGGAGGCCAAGCCAGAGGAACUGAUGGACUCCAAGCUGCGAUGUGUCUUUGAAAUGCCAAAUGAGAAUGAGAAAACGCAUGACAUGGACACCAGUAAGAUGAUUUCCUCUAGUUUUUUAAAAUCGGAUUCAUCCACGUUGUCCAUGAAGUUGGGGUCCAGUCUGGAUGAUGGCGAGGUGAAGAGGAUUAUGGAAGAGUGCAGAAGACUUCAGGUGGAGGUGCAGCGACUAAGAGAAGAAAACAAACAGAUUAGGGAAGAUGAUUGUCUACGGAUGAGGAAGAACACAGGGAUGGCAGUUCAGCAUUCCACACCUUCAUCUGUCACAGUGAAGGAGGAGGGCUUGAGCAUCAGGGUCAUCGCUGUAAUUGUGUUGUUCUUUGUCAUCGGUGUCACUGUAGGGAAGUUACUCCUGUAAAGAUAAAGAAGAGAUUAGCGACAGCAUGCAUUGUGAAUGAAACAAACUUAACAAAAAAAGUAUUGGAUGCUGAAUAUCCAGUUGCAAUGCCAUAUCAUUUGGGUAGUGCUGGAUCAUUGAAUUAUGUAAAAUGAAAAGAAAAAAUAUUCCACCUUAUGUGCAAAGAAACAAUUAGGGGAAUACAUUAACCAAGCACUGUCCCUGUAGUGACAAAAUGACAUCAUUCAGGCCAUUCACUAAACUAUUUUAGAAACAGUAGUGCUAAAAAAUUCAUACCAAGCUGUUAUUACCUGAUAUACUGUCAUCUGAACUGCAGAGUUAAAUUGAGGUCAGUUAAGUUAUGCCUGUUUUGUUUAGACAGAGUGCAGAAAUUGCAAGCCUAUUAUAUUUACUUACAUUUACACUAAAAAGCUCUUUGAAGUGUUGCAUAUGCAUCUGUCGCACAGACUGUACAAAUUAUAUAUAUAUAUAUAUAUAUAUAUAUAUAUAUAUAUAUAUAUAUAUAUAUAUAUAUAUAAUGAGCCAUGAUCUGUCCAUAAACUCGAACCUUAUAUAUGAAGUUCUUGAUUUAUAUCGGAGAGGAGUAAGGCACAGGGCUGAUGUCAGAAAAAUGCUUCCAAUAUUGAUAUUGAGCUUUGGGCAGAUCAACUUCCCUGUAGUGUUGGUUUUAAUAUUUCUUUCUUUUUUUCUUUUGACAGUUGAUAGUGUUUCUGAUAGUUGAUGUUUCCAACUAGGGCAUAAAUUUUUUUUGUUUGCCACAAUGAGCUGUUUCUGCUAUAGGUCAACCCCAUAAAUGCAUUAUUUAUGUUUUUAUUUGUUUAUAUAUUAUAAUGUGUAUCUACUACAGCUACCUUGUCUAAGCGAUGACACAGCUGUAGUUUCUGAUUUAUUAAACGUGGUGUGGUUAGCUGCCAUUUCCUUUGGAGAUGCUCAUCAGAAAUAAACUUGUCCUUCCAACAGUAUGUGCAAUACUUAGCAAACUGAAAAAACUAUACAGUAGGUUUAUGCUAUAGCUUUGACAACCACUACCCUAUCCAGUGGCCUCUCCUGUAUACAGUACUGCUUAUGUACAGUCAGUUCCGUAAAUAUUUGGACAUUGAGAAAGUUGUAAUUUUAGCUAUCUACCACAGUAUAUUGGAGUUAAAAUUAAAUAGAAUGAUUUCAAAAUGCAAACUUUCAGCUUUAAUUUUCAGUUUAAAAAAAAAUAAAAUCUUUCAGUUUUAAGGGUAAUUACAUCCGGAUGGCUGAAAAGAACCCACAGAUCACCAGAUACUGUGUUUCUGCCAGGUCUUUACUGAAGCUGUCUUCAGUCCCUUGUUAUUGGGGAAUUUUUCCUUCAGUUUUGUCUUUAGCAAGUGAAACGCAUGCUCAAUUGGAUUCAGGUCGGGUGAUUGACUUGGCCAUUGCAGACCAUUCUACUUCUUUGCCUUACAACUGUCUUGGGUUGCUUUCGAAGUAUGUUUCAGGUCAUUGUCUAUCUGCAGUGUGAAGCACCAUCCAGUGCAUUCUGAAGCAUUUGGCUGAAUGUGAGCAGAUCAUAUAGUCCUAUGCACUUUCGGAAUUCAUUAUGCAGCAGUUACACCAUCAAUAAAUACAAAAGAAGUUCUAUUGGCAGCCAUACAUGCCCAUGCCAUAAGAUGAGGUGGUAUGCUUCGGAUCAUGACCAGUUCCUUCCUUUCUCCAUACCCUUCUCUUCCCUUCAUUCUGGAACAAAUUGAUCUUUGUCUCAUCUGUCCAAUAUGAUAAUGUUCCAGGACUGUACAGAGUUUUUUUUAGAUGUUUUUGGCAAACUCUGUUAUGGUCUUCCUGUGUUUGAGGCUUACCAACAGUCUUAUAUCUCGUGGUAAAUCCUCUGUAUUUAAUCUGCUGAACCCUUCUCUUGAUUGUUGACUUUAACCCAGAUACUCCUACUCUAUAUGGCUAAAGGUUUGUGGACACCUGACAAAAACACUCGUAUGUGCCCCCCCCCCCCCCCCCCCCCCCCCCCCAGAUUUAGUUCCCCCUUUACUGUUAUAAUAACCGCCAAUCUUCUGGGAAGGCAUGGAGGCCUGGGGCAUAGUUGGCAUUCCAGUUCAUCCCAAAGGUGUUCUGUGGGGUUGAGGUCAGGGCUCUGUGCAAGCCACUGGUGUUCUUCCACUCCAACCUUAGCAAACCGUGUCUUCAUGGAUUUUGCUUUGCGCACAGGGGCAAUGUCAUAAUGGAACAUGUUUGGGCCCCUUAGAUUUGGGCCCUUUCCCUUUCAGUGAAGGAAAAUUAUAAUGCUACAGUAUACAGAGUCAUCCCCUACAGUUGUGUGCUUCCAGAUUUGUGGCAACAGUUUGGGGAAGGCCCACAUAUGGGUGUGAUGGUCACGUGUCCACAAGCUUUAGGCCUUAUAGUGUACCUCCUGGAGGGUGUUCUUGAUCUAGCCAACUGUUGUGAAGUGUUUUUUCUUCACCAGGUAAAGAAUUUUUCUGUCAUCUACCACAGCUGUUUUCCAUGGUCUUUUGGGCCAUUUGGUGCUCCAGAGCUCACCAGUGCAUUCUUUCUUUAUAUAAAUGUGCCAAAUAGUUGAUUUGGCCACACCUAAUGUUUUUGCCAUCUCUUUGAUAGGUUUGUUUUGAUUUUUCAGUCUAAUGAUGGCUUGCUUCCCUGGCAGUGACAGCUGUUUGGACUUCCUAAGACCAAUACAUUCCAAAUGCAAGUGCCACACUAUAGACCUUUUAUCUGCUUAAUUGUAAAGGAAAUAAUGAAGGAGUAAUUCACACCUGGCCAUGGAACAGCUGAGCAACUAAUUGUCUCUUAAAAAGGGGACAUAUAAAAAACACUGUAAUCCAUAUAUUGUUCACCCUAUUUGGAUGUAAAUACCCUCAAAGUAAACCUGAAAUUCUGCACUUUGAAAUUGUAUUCAUUAUUUAAUUUCAACUCCAGUGUGCAGUGGUAGACAGCUAAAAUAACAAUAACUUUGUCAGCGUCCAAAUAAUAAUGGACCUGACUGAAUUUUUAAGCCACAGGGCUUUCAGACAAUUGCAUGGCUCAGAUCUUAUGGUGUGUUUCUGUUGUAUGUUAUACACUGUUUAUUCUGCUGCAUUAGGCUUUAAAGUUGCUGUACUAUUGAAAGACCUCUGAUUUUAACAUUUUUUCAUGUAUUUUUUUUUUUGAGAGAGAUCCUUUCAUUUAAGCUAUGAAUAAAGCCUUUUAUUGCACAGCACUGUUUCUGUAAAAGAAAUGCACUAUAUAUAAAGAAUAUUUUCUCAGUAUCUGUCCAUGAAACAGUUUUUUCCCAUUAAUUCAGUGUUUGAAACAUGACCACUGACAUCUAAGGACUCCUCAUAGGACCAUUUUGUAGCUGCUUUUCAUUGAACAGCUUUUUGGAUGUGUGUGGCGCAACUCUUUCAGUCUUUCCUCCCAUUUAUUUAUAUGAUCUGAAAACUUUUUUAAAGUAGUUUCCUAUUUUGAGAGGUGUACAUGGAGUAUCGGUUGUCUGCAUCAAUUUAUCUGCAUUUUACUCUAAGGGCUUUGUGGGCUGAUUUAGCCACUCAUCUGGCUCAUAAAUUCUUUGUGUUCUAGUGCCACAAACCUUUACCAUAUCAUAAGGAGAUAGGUUAACUAUUUUGUAUGAAUAUAAAUAAAUAGUUAAUUCUAUAUAAUGUGAAAAAUAUUAAUAUUACUAGCCAAACAGUCUAUUAUGGUGUAAAAAGACUUCCAAACUUGUUGGGCUAUGUAGCAUAAAUAAAUUAAAUAAAGCCCCAGGUGUUACUUGG